UAUGGCAUACAGUGUCGACCUACUAAUUUGUUGACAGGAGAAGUAUGAUUAACGGACAGCGGUACCUUUUGUCAUUUUUGUAGUCCGACUACCAGCUUAUUGUUGAUUUUCACAAUUUUUAAUCAAAUUUAUAAAUCUUGAUUUUGUUUGCACGAACUAUUGUCAUUCGUUUUUAAUCAUUCUAAAAUAAAACGGAAUAGAAUAAAACAUAUAUAACAGUAAUUUAUUUCACCAAGUCAAAAUGGAUAUUGGAUUUUCUUCUUAUCAUAACGGUGGUCCUGCAAGAGAACAAGACUUCAGCAGAUUGUCUCAAACUAUAGGUACUUCUAUAUUGAAGAUAUCACAAAAUGUAUCUUCAAUGCAAAAAAUGGUUAAUCAAUUGGGUAGUUCUACAGAUUCGCAAGAACUUAGAAAUAAAUUGCACCAGAUACAACAUUAUACACAACAACUUGCGAAAGAUACUAGUGGUCAUCUACGUGAUUUAGCUAAUAAUUCUGGCUCUAGUAGCCCGGGAGAACAGAGACAACGUAAAAUGCAACGUGAGCGACUUCAAGAUGAAUUUACCACAGCAUUAAACUCUUUCCAAGCUGUGCAAAGACUUGCUGCCACGAAAGAAAAAGAAAUGGUCAGGAAAGCUAAAGCUAAUGCAGGUAUUGCUCCAUUUGGAGAAAAAAAACAGGAAACUUUAAUCGAAUUGCAAGAUAGUAGAACACAAAAGCAAAUACAACAACAACAAUUAAAAGAAGAACAAAAUUUACGAAUGUUAGAAGAGCAAGAAGCAAGUAUAAGACAAUUAGAGAGUAAUAUCAGCGAUAUUAAUCAAAUUUUUAAAGAUCUUGGUGCUCUAGUAUAUGAUCAAGGAGAAGUUAUUGAUUCUAUAGAAGCUUCAGUAGAAAGAACAGAAGUAUCAGUCAAUGAAGCAACUUCGCAUGUAAGACAAGCAAGUGUUUAUCAAACUAAGUUGCGUAAGAAAAAAUGUAUUCUUGUUUUAAUCGGAGUAAUUGUAUUGUCUAUUUUGAUUGGGAUUAUAGUUUGGCGAAGUUCUUAAACUUGUUAAUUAAUGAACUUUAAUUUAAUAUUAGUAACACGAUGAUGAAUAGGCGUCCUGUAAUUACAAAUUACGACAUUAAAAAUGUUGUUAGAAUAUCUUACAGAAGUUACACUUUAACAUUACUAAACAAAGUGAAGUGCUCUUCUGAAGAAAAAAUAUAUAAGUAAAUUAUAUUUUACUUUUAUUUGUAAUAAUAAUUGGUAUCACAUAUAAUUUAUGUAUAAGACUAAUGACGUGUCUAUGACUGUCCAAUACAUUUGUAUCUUUCAUUACUUAAUAUAUUGUAUUAUUAUAGAUACAUUAUACAUACAUAUGUGUGUAUAUAAAAUAAUAUAUAUUAAGUAUAUAUUCAUAAUAAUCAUUUAUAUAAUUUUAAUGAUAUAUACUUAAAAAUAUAUGAGCUUGUUACAAAAUAAUCACACAAAGCAUUAUUAAAUAUGUUUAUAUGUAAUAAUCAAAUGAAUUUGUAUAGAUUGCUUAUUAUUAUAUUGCACUAUGUACAUGAAUUCAGAAUCUAUUCAUUCCUGAAAAGGCACGAAAGUAAGUUCUAGAGUAUCAUAUGGUGUAUGAUGUUAAUAUAAGUUAAUGUAUUAUAUUAUUAUAAGAAUGUUGAUCUAUUUUAAUCAAAAUGUAAUAAACAUUAUAAUGAUCUUAGUCAUUUCCAUAAUAUAAAAAUAUACGCACAUCCUUUUAUAAA